AUGGCUAGCGAGUCUAGCCAUCAGAACCCACAGAGCCUAUUCUCUGGUACUCAACUACGGGAUCCUGGCCUAGAGACGCUCAUGCCACAACACACAAUAGACCCGACACCACCGGUGCAAGCGUCAGCUACCGGUCCACGUGACUCACAUCGUACCCCUGCACAGCCCGGCUACAUAUCAUAUGAAUUAUCUUCUGGCCAUGACUGCAAUACUGGACCAACUGGCCCCUCAUCUAAUCGAAACACCAACUUCGAAAUUCCGGCAACCGGUAAUCCCCGCGAUGUUUCCGCGCAAAGUGAUGGUGACACUGAGAUGCUUGACGCGAACUCCCACUUUGACGAGAACACAAAUGUAUUGGGUGCUGUCCCGAAUUUGUUUCGGCUCCUUGAUUUGGUAGACGAACAUGGCUCUGGAGGAAUCGUCGAGAAGGUCGUCAUCGAUCAGCAAUCCCUUCAUCGUCUUUUGAAUAUUAUACAACCAGGAUCGUAUGACUCGCUAUCUAUCAAGCCUACAGGAGUCUAUGGAAGCCAACCAGAAAUAGUUGAGUUUCUUCGGCAAGCUCGGCUUCUCGAUCAAAAUUCCGCAAAUAUUCUCUCCAGGAGCGAUACUCGAGAUGACUUGUCUUCAGGACUUGGGUCUGGCUUGUACCUCGUAUUAGACCCUGAACAUCACGACAAGGGACCCUCGAAAGCGACCUGCAUUAUAUACUGGCCUGAGGACACAACAUGGGAUGACCAAGCUGCGUCAUCAUCCGUACGACGGAAUCGAGUGACUUUUAUGCGCUAUUUAAAUAAAUUGGCGGAUCAAAUCAUAUGCCUAGUGUCGUCAUCUCAAGCGCGAGCUUUAGUUUGGGACACGAGUGCACACAAUAAGGAUCUUCCCGAGGACCAGCAAGAAAACGAUGACGACGCUCGCCUUUUCGAUUUUGAGGUAUCCAAGUCUCUCGAACAGGAGGAAGGCGCCGUUGGCAGUCCCGGUUUCACGGCCGCUGUAGAAUCAAGGAUUUUGCCGUCCACUAACGAUCGUCAAACUUCGCGGGUGCGACUCGUUCCAGGGGAGCAAAAGACUGCGCUUUUGGUAGUCAGGAACGAAAAGGAACAGCCCGAAGAAGAUCGCUUUGAUAGCAAUGUCAGCACUAUGAACCUCAAGAAGAUGGUCGAAUCGAAGGAAUGUCCCAUCCAGCUAGGAAGCAUCGAGGCUGCCGACCUUGAGGUCCUUGCUGCAAAUGGCUUGAGGAGUCAGCAUAAAAGGAUCUUCGCCAAGUACGAUCAAUGUCUACGAGAGUUGAAGGCGGAAAGAUUGAGAGCGGAGAACGCAGACAGGAGGCAUAUCGAUGAUCACAUAAACCGGGAUGGACCAAAGCUCAAAGCUGAGAUUCAGCACCUGGUGCGAUCAAGUUAUGAUGGUGUCUAUCCUUCACUUGCCUUAGGCUUCGACAUGUCUCAUGGACCUGAAGAAACUGGACAGAGAAUUCCAGUUCUCAAGGGGAAAUGGCCGUUUUUGAAAAAGUAUCUUGAAGAGAAUUCAAAGCUCUCUCGCCAUGAACAGGAGGACUUUAUCAAUGACUUACUCAACGGAGCUGUUGCUUCGGAAACGCACCCAAGGACAUCAACACAAACCCCGUCAAAAAGGUUCAGCAUGAACCCUGUAAAUUAUAUUCCAAAUCCUACAAGUUGGACUAUUGGUUGGAAUCCAAGUAACUGGAACUCUGGCGGCUGGGGGUCGAGCUGGGGGUCGGGAAACCGCAGCCAAGGGAAUCGUGAUGAUCCAUCCGUUGCUCCAAUGAAUAUAGAUCGAACUCGGGCUUUGCGAGGGCUUGAUUCAAUGACGCAAAAAUACCCAUCUCUCUCCGUAUUCAAACAGAAGGUACAAGAAAGGCUCGGGCACAACCUGGAGGCAUUGGAGAAAAAGGUUUUAGGCGAACGACUAGAUGGUAUUAUCUCGAUGGAACGGCAACGUCAAAGUCGUAACGGAAGUGACGCUCGCGACUCUAUUUACCGAGAAGAAGCCCAUCGCGCCUUUGAAGUAGCUGUCGAGAGUUGA